UCAACUAGUGUCCUUCAUAAGAGCCAUAACAAUUGGUAGAUCAAUGCUAAUGCACUCAAACACGUUGGCUUCCUUUCGCAAUGCCAGUGACUAUGUCUACGUGAAAAACCGCGAAAUCGAUGCUUUCAUAAAAUCUAGGAACCUGAACUCUGCACUUGCAGUGUUCCACAACAUGGCACUGCGUGACACUGUCACAUAUAACUUGAUAAUUUCAGGGUGCUUUAGGCUACCGGAGAUGGCUCUUCAUCUCUAUGUCGAAAUGGGUUUUCUUAGAAUAAGAGAAACAUCAACCACGUUCUCCUCUGUUAUAGCUGUUUGCACCAAUGCUGGGUUUUGUAGAGAAGGUGCUCAGGUGCAUUGCAGGGUGGUCAAGUUUGGAUUUUUAUGGAACGUGUUCGUUGGUGGUGCACUUGUUGAUUUUUACAUGCACGUGGGACUAAGUGGGGUGGCACUGGAAUUGUUUGAUGAGUUGCCGGAACGAAAUUUGGCUGUGUGGAAUGUGAUGCUACGUGGGUUAUGUGAACUGGGUUGUGUGGAAGAAUUGCUUGGAUUUUACUCUCGGAUGGGUUUUGAAGGUGUGGUGCCAAAUGGGGUUACGUUUUGUUAUUUGCUUAGGGGGUGUAGUAACCAAAGACGGUUGCUUGAAGGGAAGAAACUUCAAAGCUGCAUUUUGAAGAUGGGUUUGGUGGAAUCAAACGUUUUUGUUGCCAAUGCUUUGGUGGAUUUUUACUCUGCAUGUGGGUGCUUGGUUGGUGCAAGGAAGUCUUUUGAAGCCAUACCAGUAGAGGAUGUUAUUUCAUGGAACUCGUUGGUUGCUGUUUAUGCGGACAACAACGUGUUGUGUGAUGCUUUGGAGUUAUUUACUGUUAUGCAAGUGUGGGGGCAGAGGCCAUCCGUUCGUUCAUUGGUGGGUUUCUUGAAUUUGUGCAGUAGAACUGAAGACAUUCAUUUGGGGAAGCAGAUUCACAGUCAUGUUCUAAAAUUGGGUUUUGAUGAAGGGAGUGUGCACGUUCAAUCUGCUUUGAUUGAUAUGUAUGGAAAAUGCAGGGAGAUUGAGAGCUCCGUAGCUGUAUUUGAAUGCCUUCCCAAGAGAACUUUGGAGUGUUGCAACUCAUUGAUGACCUCUUUGUCUCAUCGUGGUGCCAUUGAAGAUGUGGUGGAAUUGUUUGGUUUAAUGGUCGAUGAAGGUCUUAUGCCAGAUGAAGUAACCUUCUCCACCACACUUAAGGCAUUGUCAGUGUCUGUUUCAUCAAGCUUCACGAGCUCCCAAUUACUGCAUUGUUUUGCAUUUAAAUCUGGACUUGAAAGCGAUGCUGCAGUUUCUUGUUCCCUUAUGGAUGCUUAUUCAAGAUGUGGGCAUGUGGAACUUUCUCAUCAGAUUUUUGAGAGCCUUCCUUCUCCAAAUGCUAUGUGCUUCACAUCUAUGAUCAAUGGAUAUGCCCGAAAUGGAAUGGGGAAAGAAGGACUUGCAGUGCUUCAAGCUAUGAUUGAGAAGGGCAUAAAACCAGAUAAAGUUACCUUCUUGUGUGCAUUAACGGGAUGUAAUCACACGGGGCUAGUUGAGGAAGGAAGAAUAGUCUUUGAUUCGAUGAGAUCUCUUCAUGGGGUUCACCCAGAUCGCCUGCACUUUUCGUGCAUGGUGGAUCUUUUAUGCCGUGCUGGACUUCUACAUGAAGCUGAAGAGUUGCUGCUACAGGCGCCAGGAAAAAGAGAUUGUUUUAUGUGGAGCUCUUUGCUGCGAAGUUGCAGGGUCCACAAGAAUGAAGAGGUUGGAACAAGAGCAGCACAAGUGUUAGUUGAGCUAGACCCAGAUGACCCUGCAGUGUGGUUGCAAGCUUCAAACUUUUAUGCUGAGAUAGAGAAAUUUGAUGCAUCAAGGCAAAUCAGAGAGGUUUCUCUAGCAAGGAAGAUGACAAGGGAGAUUGGUUGUAGUUCAAUUGAGAUAAGAAAGUGA